AUGCAGCAUCACCACUAUGGCUUCGUCGACCCAUUCCCAGAGGUGUUUCACAAUAACCAGCCGGUCCCUGUCCGGCCUGCCGUUGCUUUCAUACAAGAGACCAUGGGCAAAGAUGAACUUGCUGAUUUCUUGCUCACAUCAACGCCUGUCGGCGGUAGCUACGCAUACAACCAGCCUUUGCUACCGCAACGAGACGCUGCCCCACGAGACGCCCUCUUAUCCCCACGCCCGCUCAGUCUCGGAUUCCCUGGUGCGCUACCUGGCGGUGAACCGGCUUAUCCUAACUGGUCCUCCCCGCUCUCACCUUCACCGGAUGCGGUGGACCACGAUGUCGUGAGUUCACUCAUCGAUGGUAUCAGGAGCCAGGCCCACGAUGACACUCCACGCGAGCCGACCCCAAAGAAGAUGAGCUGUAAGCUGAUGCCACAUCAAGAGCAGGCACUUGCGUGGCUGCUCAAGAUGGAGAAGGGCACAAGCAAAGGAAGUCUCUUGGCCGACGAGAUGGGUCUUGGCAAGACGAUCGAAGGACUCUCGUUGAUCGUAGCUAAUCCUUCCAAAAACCCAGCUAGGAAAACCACCUUGAUCGUUGCCCCUGUAGCCCUCAUGCGGCAGUGGGAGAAGGAGAUUGAGCGACACAUAAAACCAGCUCAUCGCCUCAAGGUCUACACUUACCACCGCAAUGGAAAGAAGGCCGACUUUAGCGUGCUUCGCGAGUACGACAUCGUGCUCACUACUUUCGGCACGCUGGCAAACGAACAGAAGCGCAUCGACACCCGGAAAGAGUCGGAGGCGAACGACCGUGAGCGUCGAGAGCCGGCGUUUACACGCAAAGCGAAGGACAAGCUUGGUAUUCUUGGGGAUCAGUGUUACUGGUACCGAGUUAUAUUGGAUGAAGCCCAGUGCAUCAAAAAUAGGAGCACCCUUACCUCGAAAGCUGCGGCUGCUAUCCAGGCUGAGCUCCGACUGUGCAUGACUGGAACACCUAUGCAGAAUUCUGUCGAGGAACUCUAUCCCCACAUCCGAUUCCUGCGUAUUUCCGCGUAUCAGGAGUGGCCUUCCUUCAACUCCCACUUCGUGAAGCCUCUCAAGGCGAACAAAAACUAUAUGAAUGAGCGGGGCAUGUUACGCUUGCAGGCACUGAUCAAAUCGUUUACCCUACGCCGCGAGAAAACUACAAUCAUUGACGGGAAGCCCAUCGUCAAUUUGCCCCCCAAGAUUGUCAAUAUUCGGCCUGUGGAAUUUUCCAACGCGGAGCACGAGCUGUACAAAGCUAUCGAGACCAAGUCACAGAUCCAGUUCAAUCGUUACCUUAAGAAGGGUCAGGUGACCAACAACUAUGCCAACAUCUUGGUACUGCUGUUGCGCUUGCGCCAGAUCUGUUGCCACCCUCACCUGGCCAAUGAUCUGGGUGUGCAGGUAUCGACCGAAGGUAUUUCGGAGGUUGACCUCAAGAGCCGUGCCAUGUUACUUGACGAAGAUGUUGUUCGCCGCCUGAAAGAUAACGGAGGUGCCUUCGAGUGUCCCAUCUGCUAUGAGUCGGACAUCAAUCCGACGAUUAUUAUCCCAUGCGGACACACCACUUGCGGUGAAUGCUUCCAGAAGCUUAUCGAUCCUUCCCGAGCCAUUCAAGAGGGCAAUGAGAAUAGCACUUCGAAAUGCCCUCAUUGUCGCGGCACUCUGAGUUCCGAGAAGAUCACUGACUACCGUCACUUCUGCAAAGUCUUCUGUCCCGAGAAGUACGAGGAGCUCCGUGUCGCGUUCAAUAAUGCCACUGGAGAGGAAGAUAGCGAAGACAGCGACAGCAGCGAUAUGAGCGAUGACGAAGCGGAUGAAGAUGCUUAUGAUGCGACCCUCGGCGGGUUCAUUGUUGAUGAUGACGACGCAGAGGAAGAUGAAGAUGAAGACGUGAAGAUGGAGAACGGUGCUGAGGAUUCUGCUGCCGAUGGUCGUGGUCGCUGUGGAAAGAAGAAAGGAAAGGCAAAGGCCAGGGUCAAGGAGCACCUCUCGCUUGCGCAGCUGAAGAAAUUGUCUCUACGCAGCACCGAUGCCAAGAAGAGGUAUCUGAGCCGUCUACGGAGGUCGUUCAAAAGUUCUGCGAAGAUUGACGAGACGAUGCGUUUAUUGACGGUCAUCCGCGAGAAUGACCCUACUGAGAAGACGCUGAUAUUCUCAUCCUUCACGACGUUGCUUGACCUUAUCGAGGUCCCUUUGCAAGAGAAGGAGUUCAAUUAUCAGCGUUACGACGGCAGUAUGAAGUUUGACGAUCGAAUCGACGCUGUCAAUGAGUUUAUGGACAACGCGACAGAAAACAUUAUGCUCAUCUCUAUUAAAGCUGGGAACGCGGGCUUGAACUUGAACAAGGCUUCCCAGGUCAUCAUGCUUGAUCCUUUCUGGAACCCGUUCGUGGAAGAUCAGGCUGUCGACCGUGCCCACCGUAUGCCUCAGCAGCGCGAAGUGCAUGUCCAUCGGGUUCUUGUUCCGGAGACGGUCGAGGACCGCAUCUGCAAAUUGCAGGACAAGAAGCGAGAGGUCAUCAACGCGGCGCUCGACGAGCGUGCCGGCAAGAGCCUCACGAGGUUGUCGAUCGGCGAGCUUCGCAACCUCUUCGGCUUGUGAGCGAGCUGCUUUCUUCGCACGUCGCCUCGUUGACGUUUACGGAUGCCUUUGGCGUCCUGCUUAUCUGCCCUCUACUCGAUUGUAAUGGGGAGACACUGCUCAGCACGGCAUUCUACAUCUGCUCAUUUACGGCGCAUCUCUUAGCAGUUAUGAUACCC